UAUCACUUCUCUCUCCGCCUCCCUUUUAUUCUCUCCCCUCACAUUCGCCUCGCGGGAAUGUCCACGAUGGCCAGCAGUGCGAAGCUGGGGGCGUCUCAACAGCCUCCCCAGCCGGCUGCCGCUCCGGUUCCUGCAAAGAAGAUCCAUUAUCCUUUUUGGUUUGGUGGUUCGGCCUCUUGCUUUGCGGCUGCCGUCACUCACCCUCUGGACCUUGUCAAGGUUCGAUUGCAGACCCGCGGACCUGGGGCGCCCACCUCGAUGGUGGGCACGUUCGGACAUGUGAUCAAGACGGACGGAUUCCGAGGAUUGUAUAGCGGGUUAUCGGCGGCGAUCCUGCGGCAAAUGACCUACUCGACGACGCGAUUCGGGAUCUACGAGGAGCUGAAGAACUACUUUACGACGCCGGGGUCGACGCCGGGAUUCCUGACGCUGAUCGGGAUCGCGUGCACGUCGGGGCUGAUCGGGGGCUUCGCGGGCAACCCGGCGGACGUGCUGAACGUGCGGAUGCAGUCGGACGCGGCGCUGCCGGCGGCGCAGCGGCGCAACUACCGGCACGCGCUGCACGGGCUGGUGGAGAUGACGCGCACUGAGGGCGCGGCCAGCCUGUUCCGCGGCGUGUGGCCUAACUCGACGCGCGCGGUGCUGAUGACCGCCUCGCAGCUGGCCUCCUACGAUACCUUCAAGAAGCUGUGCAUCGACAGCUUCGGCAUGGCCGAUAACCUGGCCACUCACUUCUCCGCCUCCUUAAUGGCCGGCUUCGUCGCCACCACCGUCUGCAGUCCUGUCGACGUGAUCAAGACCCGCGUCAUGACCGCCUCCAGCGCCCACGCCCAUGCCCACGGCAUUUUGGGUCUGUUGCGCGACAUCACCCGCCAGGAGGGCCUCGCUUGGGCCUUCCGGGGUUGGGUGCCCAGCUUCAUUCGCUUGGGGCCGCAUACCAUCGCGACCUUUAUCUUCCUUGAGGAGCAUAAGAAGCUUUACCGCUGGGUUAAGGGGGUUUCUUCUGCUGAUGAGAAGCGGUAGAUAACCUCCCUUUCGUCUUGUUUCUUUCUGUUGGUUCUGGUGCUCUUCACUGUCUAUAAACCGCUUUUGAUAUCCCGCAUAUUCUCUCCCGGCGGGGGAUAUCCUGUCUGGCAUAUAUAUUUUUGACUGUCUGUUUGGGUUUGGCGAAGCAUUCUAUGUUUUGUUUUCUGGGUGGAUAAAAGUUUUUCGUUUUCUUGCUGUUGGUUCUCCGGCACGAGAAUCGCUUGUACAUAAUCCAUUGCUCUGUCUUCUGCUUUUGUCUGGUCUGUAUACUGCUUGGUGGUUCGGAGGUGGUUGCAUUUGUCGGUUGGAUAGAAUAGACAUACAAUAGACAUAUAGAGAUUCUAGACUGAUGGUGUUGUGGUGCUGUUAUUGGAGGAUGGAGUACAAUUUGUUAUCGUUCCGUUCGUGUUUAGUUAGUGGUAGUUAUGAGCAAG